AUGCCUGGCGAAUUCUUAUCUCUCCAUUUCUCUGAUGGAUUCGUCAUCGGAUGUGGAACAGUCUGCAUCGAUCUCACGAAGGAUCUUGUCCUCCUCCUCUAUUGUCGCAUAAGGCGUCAAUACCAUCUCCCCAAGGGCCGUAAAAAUGUUGGCGAGAGUCUAGAAGAUGCUGCGGUCCGUGAGACCUUCGAGGAAUCUGGUUACAAAUGCCGCAUCUUACCCCACAACCUUGUGACACUUGCUCCAGAUUACGACGCCUCACAAGCCCACAAGGAGCCCCUAGCCGUCCAGCAACGCAGGAGCUGGGGCCCGCACCGGAUUAUCUUCUGGUAUCUAGCUGAAGCCAAUUCCACGGAGACGCCAGCGGUAGGAACACAGGAGGAAUGGGAGGAUUUCGAGCCCCAUUGGCUGUCUCUCGACGAGGCCGCAGCUAAGUUGGCACGUGCCGACGAUCAGCAGGUUGUUGCAAGGGCGAUUGAAGCUGUUCUUAAUCUGAAGGACAAGAAAGGUGUGCUCGAGAAUGGCGCUGAGACGUUUCAGGCUCCAGUUUCCUGA